AUGGAAGGUGAUCAUAGAAGAAGGGAGGAUAUCAUUGAAGAAGAUGAUGAUGAUGAUGAUAACCCACAAACUGGAAUUAAGACAUUUUCAGAUGGUUCAACUUUUGAAAGGGCUUCAAAAGAGGAAAUAUCAACAAGAAAAAUUUUUAAAUUAAAACCAAGAUCAAAACCAGCAGAAACACCAGCACCAGUACCAGCACCAACUCCAGCAGUAUCAACCACAUCACCACCAGUUACAGCAAAUCCAUUUGCAACAUUUUCAUUCUCAAAACCAGCUGCAUCACCAGCAAUAGCAACAUCAACCACAACAAUACCACCAGUAUCAACAAAUCCAUUUGCAACAUUUUCAUUCUCAAAACCAGCUGCAUCACCAGCAAUAGCAACAUCAACCACAACAUCGCCACCAGUUUCAACGAAUCCAUUUGCAUCAUUUUCAUUCUCAAAACCAGCUGCCCUAGCAAAUAAUACUACUAAUACUAUUAAUAACAACAAUAAUACAAAUACAGAAAAGAAACCAGAAGAAGCCAAAUGGAAAUGUGCAUGUUGUGAAGCUGAACAUGACGAAAAGGUAAAUACAUGUACAGUUUGUAUGGUACCAAGAUUAAAGAAGAAACCAGAAGAUUCAAAAUGGAAAUGUGCAUGUUGUGAAGCUGAACAUGAUGAAAAGGUAAAUACAUGUACAGUUUGUAUGGUACCAAGACUAAAAAAAAACUCAACAACAGCAUCAGCAGUUGUACCACCAAAAGUUGAUUCUGCAUCAUUAUUCUCUGCAAAACCAUCUGCAUCAUUAUUUUCUGCACCAUCAACUACUACUACUAAUGGCGAUUUAUUCUCAAAACCACCACAAUCAUUGUUCUCAGCAAAUACUACUACUAAUACUAAUGGUGCUUCAGACUUAUUCUCAAAACCACCACAAUCAUUAUUUUCAACAGCAAAUACUACUACUACCACCAAUACUAAUGGUGCUUCAGAUUUAUUCUCUAAACCACCCCAAUCAUUAUUUUCAACAGCAACUUCAUCAACAACAACAACAACAACAACAACAACAAAUAGUUCAGAUUUAUUCUCUAAACCACCACAAUCAUUAUUUUCAACAGCAACUUCAUCAACAACAUCAAAUAGUUCAGAUUUAUUCUCAAAACCACCACAAUCUUUAUUUUCAUCAAACACUCCAAUCAAUACAACCAACUUAUUUGGUCCUUCAACCUCUACUACCAUUAAACCAAAUGAACAAAAGAAAACAGAGAGUCAAGAUCAAACCAAAUGGAAAUGUGCAUGUUGUGAAGCUGAACAUGACGAAAAGGUAAAUACAUGUACAGUUUGUAUGGUACCAAGAUUAAAGAAGAAAUCAGAAGAAGCCAAAUGGAAAUGUGCAUGUUGUGAAGCUGAACAUGAUGAAAAAGUUACUACUUGUACAGUUUGCAUGGUACCAAGAUUAAAGAAGAAACCAGAAGAAGCCAAAUGGAAAUGUGCAUGUUGUGAAGCUGAACAUGACGAAAAGGUAAAUACAUGUACAGUUUGUAUGGUACCAAGAUUAAAGAAGAAACCAGAAGAUUCAAAAUGGAAAUGUGCAUGUUGUGAAACUGAACAUAGUGAUAAAGAUAAUACUUGUACAGUUUGUAUGGUACCAAGACCAAAACAAAAUUCAACUGCAGCAUCAGCAGUUGUACCACCAAAAGUUGAUUCUGCAUCAUUAUUCUCUGCAAAACCAUCUGCAUCAUUAUUUUCUACACCAUCAACCAACACAUCAAAUGCUUCAGAUUUAUUCUCCAAACCACCACAAUCAUUAUUUUCAACUACAACAACACCAACAAACGCUUCAGAUUUAUUCUCUAAACCACCACCAUCAUUAUUUUCAACCACAACAACACCAACAAAUGCCUCCAAUUUAUUCUCAAAACCACCACCAUCCUCAACUACAACCUCAACAAAUUCCAGUAAACCAAAUGAAGAAGAAAAAAAAAAAACCAAUCCAAUAUUAUCAACAACACCAACAGCGGCAGUAACAACAACAAAAACAACAAAAAAAGAUGAAAAAUGGAUAUGUAAUAGUUGUGAAAAUGAAAAUGACCCAAAAUUAAAAAGUUGUGAUACCUGUAUGGUACCAAGAUUAAAGAAAAAAGAAACACCAAAAACUAAUUCAUUAUUUUCAGCACCUGUAAAUGGUUCAAAUUUAUUCUCACAACCUCCACAAUCAUUAUUUUCUUCUUCAACAAACACUGCAAAUUUAUUUGGUAGUUCAACUAUAAAACCAAAAGAAGAAAAAAAAGAUUUAUGGAGAUGCCCAUGCUGUGAAACUGAUAAUGAUGAAAAAGAUAAAAAUUGUUCAGUUUGUGCAGUACAAAAGCCAAUUAAAAAAUAA